AACAUCUUCUUAUACUCCGUACGUUCUCUCUAUCCCCGCACAAGACAGUAUCAUCCGCACCGCCUCCUCCUUCAUCACUCAGCCGUCUCUUUUGAAUCACAUUUUACCUUCCUCUUCUUCUCCAGCCGCACGCCCGCAGCAGCUUACCAUCCUCUUCAAUACUUUGUGCUACUUCACCGCCAGAAAGAUGGGUUAUGCCAAAUCCCAUCUUUUUUUACCUGAGUUUCUUCUAUCCGCUCAAACGGAGAUUCGGAUCCAUCUUAAAUCCAAGGCUACUUUUUUCACCAGCAGUAAAUUGAAUCAACCAUUCUACCUCUAUUUCUUAAAUCACCAAAUUUCAUUAAUUUCAGUCUCUGCCUAUUUAUUUGAAUGAUAUUCCUGCUCAGAGAAGAAAUGUAAUAUCAAUUGAUAUUUUGGACAUACAUAAAAUGGAUUUCUGAAGACCUAGAUUGGUGUACGAUGGUGCAGGCACUGGGAACAAUGACCUUCCUUCAUUUUAUAUGCUCAAAGGUAUGUCAACGGUUCCAUCUUCAAGUUUUUUGGGUUGUGCUCUUUUAUUAUAAAAUUUUGCUACUUUUUUAAGACAUAAUGUCUCUAACUAUGUAUGCACUCUUUGAAAAUCUUACAUCAAUAUGAUACGGAGUAGUAGGGAAAAUUCCUGAAUUAGAACUAAAAAUGUUUUUCUCCUAUUUAGGGCAAUUUACCUAUGUUAGUAUACACAACAAGGAUGUAUUUGCUCCAAGGUGGAAUUAAUACUUCUUUUUUGAUUCUAGAAGAUGAUUUAUGUGAUUAUUUGUUGUGAGCUUAAUCUGAAAUUUCAAAAAAAGAUCACAGUUCAUCUUACAUAUACUUCGUAGGUAAUAUACCAACUCAAAAAACAUGUCGAAAUCAAUGAAGUUUUAAAGAAGAUCAAUCAAACACUAAGAUUAUAAACUAUAGUGUUGGUUAUUUUUUAAAAGCCGCCUUCCUGCGUCUGUCUACCGCAAUUAUUUGUUGCUUACAAACACGCGAAUUUCAUUUCUGACUGAAGAUGGUGGCUCUCUUCAACAUCAAAGCAUUCCAAUUUGACACGCCGGUUCCCUUCUUACCAACGGUGUCAGCUCAAUUCAAAACCGAAGGAAUUUCAGAUUUGCUGAACCUGGAGUUGAGGUUAGAAUUUGUUUAAAACUUUUUUCCCGCAACCGGCUUUUCCUGAAUUUGACAUUUUCUUUUUGGGUUCACGAGUGAUCCAAUUUCUGGGUCUGGAAACGUGCGAAAUCACGCAUUUUCACCAAGGUUAACAAUCAUUUCUGGAAAUGUAUUUGCUCCAAGGUGGAAUUAAUACUUCUUUUUCGAUUCUAGAAGAUGAUUUAUGUGAUUAUUUGUUGUGAGCUCAAUCUGAAUUUUCAAAAAAUGAUCAACAGUUCUUCUUACAUAUACUUCGUAGGUAAUAUACCAACUCAAAAAACAUGUCCAAAUCAAUGAAGUUUUAAAGAAGAUCAAUCAAACACUAAGAUUUUAAAUUAUAGUGUUGGUUAUUUUUUAAAAGCCACCUAUCAAAUUUUAUCAAUAGUUGAUAUCAGUAUUCUUAGUAUAGUACUCCCUCCGUCCCAUUAUUAGAAGGUUCCCAAUUUCCUUUUUGUUUGUUUUUAUUAAGUUGUUCUUUCUGGGAAUUGAUUGUCUUGCGGUGGUUAAUGACAUGCUGUUAAUUAAUCAACUAAUAGCUUUCACCUCUAUAUAUGUGGAUAUUUUGAUAAAUAUCCAUAUUUAUUGGGUUAGAUAAUUUAGUUAAGUGUGUAUAUAUAUAUAUAUAUAUAUAUAUACUUGAACAACAUAAAAAUCAGUUUUCAAAUUCGUAUGAAGAUUAUGGAAUAAUUGUCUUCCUUUUCCAAAGCAGUUGGCCUCAUUUUCAGCUUCUUUCCCGUUAAUGUGUCCUUUAUGCAAGAGCUGCAUAAAAGCGCUUUAUAUCCCAGGAUCAUGGUUUGCUAUUGUGUCCCUCUGGAGGUUCAAUUUGGAACCAUUUCUCAUGUCUCUUAUUAGAAAGAGAGAGACCAGCAGUCACUAUUAAACAACAAAACAUGAAAUGGUGGUUAGGUGCAUCAGGUAAAAGCAUGGAUGGUGUUUAUGGCAUGUCUGGAAAGCAAACUGGGAUGUGAUUUUGAAUUAUGUAGUUAGCACUGAGUCAGUUGUCAUUGAGAUCCGUAAGUGUAUGCUUAGAUUGCUUACUUGGAGCUUUGCAAAUCAGAAUCUCAAAGAAAAUGAACGGUUCAAAGCAGCAGGGCUACUCCCACUCUUUUUGGUGUGCGCAGACCAAGAAUUCACCGGUGGAAUAGACCUCUUCUCCCACAUAUAGAACUCAACUAUGCUAUUUUUUCAUCAAUAGGUAAAUCAGCGGUUGUAUUUCUUCUGAGGGAUCAUUGUGGGGCGAUGGUAGCUUUAGCAGGGCUUCCUUUGAGCGGGUCGACAGAUUUGGAGGUGCUCUCGCAAGCUCUUGUUUGGACUGCAUCUUUGGGGUUUGCUGAAAUUGAACUGGACGUUUGUUCUUCCAGGUUGUUAAAUGUAUAUAAGGAGUGCUCGGAUGUGAGCAUACAAAUAAAAAAAGUUUCAGUUAUUCUUGAGGAAAACAAUAAGGCUGCGAAGGUGAUUGCCACAUUGGGUUCUCAAGAAACUGUUAAUUGGAGUAAUUCAAAUAAUUUCCCAAGUUAAUGAACGGGGCUAUUUUGUUGGACAUAGCAGGCACUCGGCACUCCAUAUGUGAUAUGUGAUAUCCUAAUUUUUACUUGGAGUUUUUUUCCCUUUAUUCUUUACUUUCUUUUCUCUAAGGUUUAUGGGUUUUGGCUUUAUGUCCCCCAUUUGUAUUUAUGAUUUUUAAUAAAUAAAUGAUAAAUAUUUUUUUGGCAUUUAUCUCAAUAAUUUUG